CAUCUCUUCCACCCAACAAUAUUUUACUUCUUCAAAUCAUUCUCUCUAAGAAAAACACUCCAUUUCUCUCUUUUAUUGCAAGUUCUUCUCUCCAGAAUUCAUGUCGGAGGAGAAGGGCCGCCCGUUGCCAAAAUUUGGUGAAUGGGACGUUAAUGAUCCUGCAUCAUCCGAGGGAUUCACCGCGAUCUUUAACAAGGCAAGGGACGAGAAGAAAACGGGUGGCAAACCCGAGUCACCAGAAAAGGCUGAUCCUGCUGUUAAGUCUGGAGCGGAUCCCAGCAAACCCCGACCUAAAAAAUGGUUUUGCUGCAUUCGAGCCCCGGCUGCAGAACCCUAAUGGAAUCCUGUCUGAUUAGAGCUUCCACACGUAUGUUAUUAUACUCCACCAUAUAUUCUUAAACAGAUAGGAUCUACUGUAUCUAUAUGUACUGAUAUGGUGGGUCAUUAUUAGAAGCAGAGUUGUUUCUUCUUGUUGUUUAACUUCUCUUUGUUAUAAGCUGUAAAGCUUAUUGUA